UGUGGGCGGGGCUAUAUUAUGGGCUGUUAGAGGUGAAAUGGCGCUCGGCGCGGUAUUUUAAACAAUCCGAUUCGUUUCUGAAGCGAGCUGCGGAAAAUGUCGCUGCGCCGAGUCGCAAUCAUCCGCGCAUGAAUGAAGCAAAAACAGCGUCCAUCUUCCCAGAAAUCGGCUGUGACAGAGAUUUCGGCAAAGUGUAAGGAUUUGCGGUGUUGCUCCUCUGCGUGUUGUUCAGUGCGAAGCAAUAUGAUAUUAGCAUUAGCAUGCUAACGCUAACGCUAAUGCUAACGCUAAAGCGGUGACGGAGUGUGUGUGAAAGCAUGGACGUGGUGUCUCCUGAACUGAACAGCAUCCUCCCUGAUGAGAUCAUGGACACCGAGGCCAUGGCCAUGGAGGAGGACCCCCCUGCCGAGACGCCGGCUCCGUCCUCCCACUCGGCCGCCGAGCCGGCUCAGGUUCCCAUGGAAACGGAGGUGCCCGAGAUCGUCAGCUUGUGUCCCGCUACCGCGCCGACGCAGAAGACGGAAGCUCUGACCACCCUGACUGCGACGGACUCCACGCUGUGCGGCAUCAGCGCUGGGACUCAGCUCGUCGUCACCUCUUCUUCCUCCGCUGGCCCCAAGAUGGCCACCGGUACCGUCGCCGUGACCACCGCGCAGCCCGGCAGUCCCGUAGUGGGUCAGAGCGUCGCCAAGAUCCCGGCCCCGUUCGCGCCCACCAGCCCGGCCAACCACCAGCUCAUCAUCAAUAAAGUGGCGGCGGACGGCAAGUCUCCCGCCGCCGCAGUGCUCAAGCAGGAAGGGCAGAAGCUCCUGGUCACGGGUCUGAGUAAAACGGGGCAGCCGAUCGUCCUGGCGCUGCCCAACACCUGGAGCAAACCGGCCACGUCUCAGGGCACAGGAACCGACGUGAAGACGCAGCCCACGCAGUUCAAAGUGGUUUCAGCAGGAACAAAGCCUGUGAUUGGAGUACAGGCUGUGAGCUCAGCCAAUCAGCUGCUGGGAUCCUCCUCUCCUCUACAGGCCCAGCAACUCAAAACUGUACAGAUUACGAAAAAGACCCCGGUCUCCACAGCAGGGCCCAUGAUCACCAAGCUGAUCAUCACGAAGGCCCUGAACAACAAGGGCCUGACGAGCCAAGCCACCGUCACUCCUGUGGUCACAGGACGGGUUCUGACCCAGACUACACCAGUGACCCCUCCACGGACCAUCACCAUCGGAGAGACCAUCAGCACGACGCCACAGUCGCUCUCCUCCUCCAGCAGCAGCAACAGCAAAGUGGCCAUUUCUCCUCUUAAAUCUCCCAGCAAGGUAACCGUGGCCGCUCAGCCUCCUAACUCUCCCCAGAAACCCGUGGCCGUGCCUCUGAACGUGGCUCUGGGUCAGCAGAUCCUCACCGUGCAGCAGGCGGCUUCUACUUCACCAGCUAAAGCAGGAAGCAGUCAGUCCACUGCCCAGACAGUGAAGCCGGUGCAAACUGUGGCAGUGGGCGGAGUCAACACACCGCAGUUUAAGACCAUCAUCCCCUUGGCCACACCCCCAAACGUUCAGCAGAUCCAGGUACCCGGCAGCCGCUUCCAUUACGUACGCUUGGUCACGGCCACCACCGGGAACACGGCCCAGACGGCCAACGCCAGCACGACCACCAACCCCACCACCAUCCAGCCUGCCAAGCCCAUGAUGAUGAACACGGCUGCAGUGAGGAUGUCCGUUCCCAUCGUUCCAGCUCAGACGGUCAAGCAGGUGGUGCCGAAGCCGAUGACAUCAGCAGCUCAGGUGGUGAGCAGCAGUCAGACGCAGCAGCGGCUCAUCAUGCCGGCCGCGCCGCUCCCUCAGAUCCAGCCCAACCUAACCAACCUGCCCCCGGGCACCGUGCUCGCUCCGGCUCCGGGCUCGGGGAACAUGGGCUACGCCGUGCUGCCGGCCCAGUACGUCACACAGCUCCAGCAGUCGACGUUUGUGACUUUGGCGAGCAGCUCGGGUUUCUCCGCCCCCAGCUCCAUCCAGACCCAGGCCAGACUUCCUCUGAACGGUUUAUCUCCAUCAGAGACGACGUCCAGACCACGAAAGCCUUGCAACUGCACCAAGUCACAGUGCCUCAAACUAUAUUGUGACUGCUUUGCAAACGGAGAAUUUUGUAACAACUGCAACUGUGUUAAUUGCUUCAACAACCUCGACCAUGAGAGCGAUCGCCUUAAAGCCAUUAAGGCUUGUUUGGACAGAAACCCGGUGGCCUUCAAGCCUAAGAUCGGUAAAGGGAAAGAAGGAGAAUCGGAGAGGAGACACAGUAAAGGCUGCAACUGUAAGAAGUCGGGGUGUUUAAAAAAUUACUGCGAGUGUUAUGAGGCGAAGAUCAUGUGCUCGUCGAUCUGUAAGUGUGUGGGCUGUAAGAACUUCGAGGAGAGUCCUGAGAGGAAGACUCUGAUGCACUUGGCCGAUGCGGCGGAGGUGCGAGUGCAGCAGCAGACUGCAGCUAAAACCAAACUGUCCUCUCAGAUCUCAGACCUGCUGACCAGAACCACACCGGCCAUCAGCAGCGGGGGGAAGUUGCCAUACACGUUCGUGACGAAGGAGGUUGCCGAGGCGACGUGUGACUGUCUCCUGGAGCAGGCGAGGAAGGCGGAGCGUUAUAACCAGCCUCAGACGGUGGCAGAGAGACUGAUCCUGGAGGAGUUUGGUCACUGUCUGCGCAGAAUCAUCAGCUCUGCUGCUAAAGCCAAGACGGACUGCUCCAUCAACUGCUAGAGCUGCGCUGCGCUUCUGCGAACUGAUCCUGGAUCAGACGUCCUGGAACACACUCUGGCCUGUCAGCGGGAUUUCCGGGUCGGAGCUCGUGCUUUUGUACAGAGCGAGACUUCUGUUAGCUGAUCGUACACAAGCGUGUGUGUGUGUGUGUGUGUGUGUGUGUGUGUGUGUGUGUGUGUGGAGCUAAAGUGGACACAAAGAGACGAACUUUAUAAGAUGAGAACUGCAAUGGCUGCCAGCUUCAUCUGCAUCACUCUGGCGUGUGUGUGUGUGUGUUUGUACAGGUCACUUGUGUAGAGGGGAAUUGAUUUUAGAGUCAUUUUUAUGCUUGUUAGCCUUCUCAUUUUAAACUCACAAUCAUAUGUGCUUUUUUUCAUUUGUUUUUUUUCGUUUUCUCUCUUUCCCAACAAGGCUUUCAUUCUGUGCCGUUGUUUUGCCGUCUCGUCUUGCUGUUUAUUUACCGCUAAUAACCUCAGCUCAAUAAUCAUGACUUGUAUACAGUACGUAGCCUUUACUGUAGCCUCUUCAUAAUGCAUCAGUAUUUAUUUACUAAUUCCAGAAAUCCGAGAGGACGUGGAGUCAGAGUCUCGUGCUCAUGUCUGGUUUGUACAAUUGAUUUCCUGCUGAAGUGAAGGAAGGUUAAAGCAUUAUUACUAAACCCUGUUCAUCUCUUUAA